UGGGUAGCAUCGGUCUAACACCCACAGCAGUAAACAGUUCUCCACACAGCUCUAACAGUCCACAAAACGGCCUUUUCAUGUUUUCUGGAUUCUUUCUCGGCCUACCCGUAUUGAUUUAGGCACGGACACAAAAACCUCAAUGAGAAUAUGAUGAAAAUGAGUGAAAAUCCAUAUAAUUCACGCUCUUUGCGUGACGGCUAAUUUUUGGAGGCUUGCUGGACGGGAGGAAGCGCGAAUAAACAGAAAUUGUAACUGGAUAAAAGCUUGAACUGCAGAAAACAGUUACAUUUCUCUUCAGUAGUCGUGUUGAUCUAGAGAAUGGCUGGAAUUGGUAACAGUUUAACAUCUGGAAUGGGUGACAUCAUCCAACUAAAUGUCGGUGGAACAAGGUUUAGCACGUCAAGACAGACUCUCAUGUGGAUUCCAGACUCUUUUUUCUCAAGUUUACUUAGUGGGAGAAUAUCAACACUAAGAGAUGAAACUGGAGCGAUAUUUAUUGAUAGGGACCCAACAGCAUUUGUGCCCAUUUUAAACUUCCUUCGAACAAAAGAAUUAGACUUAAGGGGUGUUAACAUAAGCAUUCUGCGGCAUGAGGCUGAGUUUUAUGGGAUUACGCCUUUAGUUCGCCGCUUGUUGUUGUGUGAAGAGCUCGAGAGAUCAUCAUGUGGAAGUGUGCUCUUUCAUGGCUACCUCCCCCCACCUGCUAUCCCAGCCCGCAAAGCUGUUAGUGGGCAGACUGCAUCUGCUGCCGGUCUGGAGGAGCAGCCGGGCCCCAGCGGAGCAGAGGGGGGCUUCCCACGCUCCAGCCCACACUCUGCACUGCCUGGGCCCACCACAGGGGAUGAGGCUACUAGACUUGCAGGAUCUUCGGUCAGUCCCAGGAAGGUGCUAAUUGUCGCUGGCCAUCAUAACUGGAUUGUUGCUGCUUAUGCUCACUUUGUCAUUUGCUACAGGAUGAAGGAGUCCUCAGGCUGGCAACAGGUGUUCUCCAGUCCUUACCUGGACUGGGCCAUUGAACGCGUGGCCCUCAAUGCAAAAAUUGUGGGCGGUCCACAUGGAGACAAAGACAAGAUGGUGGCAGUUUCGUCAGAGAGCAGGAUCAUCCUCUGGAGUAUCCAGGAUGGGGGCAGUGGGAGUGAGAUUGGUGUGUUCAGUCUUGGAGUUCCUGUCGACUCUCUGUUUUUCAUCGGGAGUCAGCUGGUUGCUACGAGUCAUACUGGGAAGGUUGGAGUGUGGAAUGCAGUCACACAGCAUUGGCAAGUGCAGGAUGUUGUGCCGAUCACGAGCUGGGACACGGCUGGCUCCUUUCUACUUCUUGGAUGCAACAAUGGCUCCAUUUACUACAUUGACAUGCAGAAGUUUCCACUGAGAAUGAAAGACAAUGACCUCCUGGUGACUGAGCUGUACCAUGACCCCUCAAACGAUGCCAUCACAGCCCUCAGUGUCUACUUAACUCCAAAAACCAGCCUGAGCGGAAACUGGAUUGAGAUGGCGUACGGCACCAGUUCCGGGGCGGUGCGUGUGAUAGUGCAGCACCCUGAGACCGUGGGGUCAGGGCCGCAGCUCUUCCAGACCUUCGCCGUGCACCGUAGCCCCGUCACCAAGAUCAUGCUGUCUGAGAAACACCUGGUGUCUGUGUGCGCUGACAAUAACCACGUACGGACAUGGACGGUGACGCGCUUCAGGGGCAUGAUCUCCACACAGCCGGGCUCCACGCCGCUCGCGUCCUUCAAGAUCAUCUCCCUGGAGGAAAGCGAGAGCCACAGCAGCUACUCGUCUGGUAACGACAUAGGUCCCUUUGGGGAGAGAGACGAUCAACAGGUGUUCAUUCAGAAAGUCAUUCCCAUAACCAACAAACUCUUUGUGCGCCUCUCCUCCACCGGAAAGAGGAUCUGUGAGGUGCAGGCGGUGGAUGGCACCACCAUUACCUGCUUCACGGUGCGAGAGUGCGAGGGCUCCAGCCGCAUGGGCUCACGGCCACGCCGCUACUUAUUCACGGGCCACGCCAAUGGCAGCAUCCAGAUGUGGGAUCUAACCACGGCCAUGGACACAGUCAACAAGAGUGAUGACAAAGCCAAGCGCGAUGCUGGAGAAGUAGGAGGGCCCACGGAGGAGGAGCUUCUGAAGCUGCUCGACCAGUGUGACCUGAGCACGUCACGCUGUGCCACGCCCAACAUCAGUCCGGCCCCAUCAGUGUUGCAGCACGGCCGCCUGUUAGAGUCCUGCUCCAGUAUGCAGCUGCAAGCACUGGAGCCCAUGGUGGAGACAGCAACGUAUGGAGCCGUGCGGCCGUACCGAGAGAGCCCCCUGCUGGCACGUGCCCGCCGCACUGAGAGCUUCAGUAGCUGCCGUGACUUCCACUGCCUGAGCCUUGCCAAGGCGCUGCUGGAGCCCAGCAGCCAGUGCGGUGAGGACGAGGCACGGCCGUGUGAUGCCGAUGGUGAUGACAGCGACAAAGGGAGCUCGGCCAGCGAGCCGUUGGGCCGCAGGGCCCCCGAGAGCCCGGCUGGCGUGGCAGGGCGCCAGGCCCCAGACAGCCCCGGCUACGCCCGGCGCGGGGCCCUCUGUUACGAUGACGGGCCCGAGGGCAGGAGGAGGGUUGCAUUCGAGGGUAAUUUCUUGGGUCGUAAGAAGGUGCCACCAGUACCACAGCUGAGCUCUAUGCCCAUUGGGGCAGACGUGGGUGGCAGCGACUCUUCCAGCACCGCCUCACCCUCUCCAACCAAGACGUCCACGCCCCCCCGGCAUCGGCGCGGCGCAGACACCACGAGCGAGUGACGCACUGAGUGAUGUACUGUGAAGGCUACCGUUACUACCAAAUACAUGAAGGGUGUCUGAAAUGGUGAAAGCAGUGGGUUUAGCAUUCACAUAUGUCUACAUGUGGAGUGGGUGGAGCAGGUGGGGAAAGGUUGCUUUUUGUUACUCAAACGUAAUAGUCACUACAAACAUAUUACCAUCUUCUAAAGCACUUUAGGGUCUGCCAGUCGGCUGGUCCCUGAGAAGGGGGAAAAACUAAUUACAUUUGAGAUGAUGGGAUAUGUUUCAUUUGUACUGAGAAAUCAAGCCCAGACAGAUAGACCACAAUGAUUAGACUCAUUGCUGCAGUUAAAGCUAGUUCAAGGAUGUAGGCCUUUCUCAAUAUUUCUUUUUAAAGCACUUUAUUUUGACAUUUCAGCAUUUAAUGAAGUGAAUAUUCUCAAGCUUUUUCCAGGUGCCUUUCAUAUAGCUCAUAUGUCGUGUGGUAUGAAAUCAAUUUACGUUAAUAACAUUUCCUUUUUGGGCAUAGUUCUGGAGCAUAGUUCAUGAAGAUGGAUAAUCAUGUUAUUUUUACAAUAUCAGGCUUACUAUGCACAAAAUCUUUUUUUACAGUAUUAAUGAGACUUCUCUCUGGGUCCAUUAAUGAGUACAAAGGCUGAGAACAGCCUGCAAUCCAACUAGCUCAAUUUAGUUUGAGUCAGAAAGCUAAUGUGUAGUCUAAAGGUUUUCAUAUGAGACUUGAAAUUUGGUGAUUUUAUGGUCUUUGGCUUAAGCUGUGUGCUUGGUCCAAGACAGAUUUGUUUUGAUGGUUGGGGUAUGUGCUAAUAUUUAAUCUUAUUCUGUUAAUGCUGUGUUCAUAAAUGGAUGCUAGCCAUGUUCCGGACACAUGCACAACCCCUCUGAUACUGGUCAGCACUGGGGAAAUGUUGCAUUAGCAGAACUUGUAGAGGAUGGUGCUGAAAUAUGACCUGAUCAUAUUUCACAUUCAGUCCUGAGUUGCCUUUCACAUUAGUGUGAUUUCAGACUGGCCAACUUUUGUAUUUCCAGGCUGCUGCUGUUGUUUUUUAAAUGCUACUUUGUGAAAAAUUCCCUUUCCACCUCAGAUGUUUUACACAAAAGACGGGAAACCCAGAUGGUCCUAAAGACCUUGUGUCUCUCUGGCAUGAAGCAGUUUCAUAAGAUAUGCAAUUUGUAUGUGUAGUGUAAUCAAAAAAUAUUACAGUAUAAUUUUGAAUAGAGAACUGUAUUGUUACUAUAUAUCUAUAUACCUAUAUCUAUAUCUCAUUGUAGUCCCCAUAUAAUAUAUAGACCUAACUUUAUUUUUUACUGCAUUUGCACUUGAUGAUUAGUAAAGUAUAUUCCAUAUGUACAUUUACUGAGAAGCUAAAUAUACUUAGAUAUUAUGUACAGGCUCCACUGUCACUUUAUAGUAACCUCUUUAACCUGGUAAUGUUUACAGUUUUAAUCCGACCUGAGUCAAAUGUGCAGUAGGCUAGCUAUUGAUGUGACAUGUUGCAGAAUUAACAUUAAUUGUAAGACAUUAAUAUGCAUUUUACGUUGGUAUUUUUAUUAUAUUAUGUAAUUUUACAUAGUUCUCCUGCAUUUGGAAAUAUGAAGAAAAUAACAAAGUAAUUACAAACAAUGCUCACAUUACAGAGACGGGAAACUCAGUAUACCUAUCAGAGUAGAUAUAUGAUGACCAGCCCCUUUAAUAAGAACACCCACAUUGUACCUACACUCACUGGCUACAUAUUAGGUACACCAAACUUAUAGGUGGAUUUAAUCAUUUUGCAGUUACAAAGACUGUAGUCUAUCUCUUGGCAUCCACAAAUGACCCUGUUCAUCACUGGUCAGUUUCUGGCCAUGGGACCUCUACUAGCAGGAUGGGCCACCACCCAGUUAAGGUGGUAAUUGGAUGGUGGAACAUUUGUCAGGCAGCAUUACAUUGACAUGGUAGCAUCACCAAAAUAUAUAGCUCAAUGUGACCCUGUGGUCAGAGCCUGCCCACUGAUAUCUAACACCAAAGGAUAUCUCACCAUGUAGUGUGUAGCAGGCUAUGGGCCAGGCUGCACCUACAGGCUAUUUCCAAUAAACCUGAGUGUUGUAGACAA